UCACCCCCCAUUUGUCCGACCUCCUUAGAGCUGUAUUUGGUCCUUUUCCCUUCUCUCUUAGAGCAUCACACUCAGAAACCACUCAACUUCUCUUUGACCAGUUCUAAACUCUACUGUGUCUGACAUACCUUCUCUUCUUAUAUUUAGAGUUGAGCCUUCUCCUUUGGGACCGACUUGGCACUUAGCCCUGAGAGAUGGCCUCCAGUCCACAGAGAUCCUCAGGCGGCUCGAACACCUCCUGGACCCUGAAGGAGAACAAGCUCUUCGAGCUGGCCCUGGCAAAGUAUGACAAGGAGACCCCCGACCGUUGGCACAAAGUGGCCCAGGCUGUCGGAGGGAAGACACCCGAAGAGGUGAAGCGCCACUAUGAACUUCUUGUCGAGGACAUCAAGUACAUUGAAGCAGGCCACGUGCCGUUCCCCAAUUACAGGUCUUCCAGCAGCAGGGGAGGCGGCAGCGCUGAAGUACUUAAAGCUGCACUGAAGCAAAAGCUAGAAAGAAAUAAGUUUGCUUGA